AACAUCCCAUGAAACACGUAUCGAUAUGAACUUAUGACAGUUCAUAGGAAACUACCAGCAAUCGCCGGUGCGCAUAGAGAAGCAGACAUUUUGGAGGCUAUAUAACCCUUGUUUUCCUCAUCAUCUACACUACCACAGAAACUGCAAUCCUUCUUCACUCACUCUUCAAUGGCGACUGCCAAUUUUUUCCUCCUCCAAUUGCUUCUACUCGCCCUUGUUGGUAGCUCUCUACUAAUUAAAGGGAUAGUCUCCCAAGAUGAUCGAAAGGCCUUCAUUGUGUACAUGGGCAACCGGCUCAAAAAUGAUGUUUCUGCAUCACCUCAACACAUCAACAUGCUCCAGAAAAUCACCGGCAGCAACUCCACAGGCAUGCAGAAGAAUUUUCAGAAUAUGUGCAGCGAUGUUCCCUCAAAGCAUCUGCUCCACAGCUACAAAAGGAGCUUCAAUGGAUUUGCAGCAAUGUUAACUGAAGAGGAAGUGAAGAAGAUGGCUGGACUGGAGGGUGUCGUGUCCGUGUUUCCCAAUCGGAAGAAGCAGCUCCACACCACAAAAUCAUGGGACUUCAUGGGCUUCUCACGACAUGUGGAGAGAUCGAAAACGGAAGGCGACCUCAUCGUCGGAGUGCUCGACUCUGGCAUAUGGCCGGAAUCGGAGAGUUUCAGUGAUCAAGGGCUGGGCCCGCCGCCGAGCAAAUGGACCGGCACUUGUCAAAGUUCAUCCAAUUUUACCUGCAACAACAAGGUUAUCGGGGCGAAAUACUACCGAGCAAUCGGCAAAUUUGGUCCGAGCGAUCUGCGAUCCCCAAGAGACUCUGAUGGCCAUGGGUCCCACACGGCGUCGACGGUAGCCGGAGAUGAAGUUAGCAUGGCCAACCUAUACGGCCUGGCUCAAGGCACGGCUCGCGGCGGAGUUCCUUCGGCCCGCGUUGCGGCGUACAAAGUGUGUUGGUCCGAUGGUUGCCAUGACGCCGACAUCCUGGCCGCGUUCGACGAUGCAAUCGCCGAUGGAGUCGACAUCAUUUCCGUCUCGCUCGGGUCCCCCUCCCCUAGAGACUAUUUCAGGGAUUCGAUUGCGAUAGGAGCUUUUCAUGCCAUGCGAAAGGGUAUACUCACAUCAACUUCUGCAGGCAAUGGUGGACCCCUUCUUGCCUCCAUCACUAACUACUCGCCAUGGUCUCUCUCGGUCGCUGCUAGUACCAUCGACAGGAAGUUCUUUACUAAAGUGCUAUUGGGUAGUGGCAAGAGUUACGAGGGAAUCUCCAUAAACACCUUUGAUCUCAAAAGUGACAUGUAUCCAAUAAUUUAUGGAGCAAAUGCUCCCAAUGUCUCUGCUGGGUACAAUGGGUCCAUAUCCAGGUAUUGCUUUCGUGGUACAUUGGAUUCCAACUUGGUGAAGGGCAAAAUCGUGUUUUGUGAUACUCUUCAAAUAAGAGGACCAUUCUUUGCUGGUGCUGUUGGUGCUGUGAUGCAAGACGAUGGACCCAAAGACGCUGCCAGCUCUUUCCCCAUACCCUCAUCUUACCUAGACCCAGAGGCUGGCAAGGAAAUUUACUCGUACAUGAACACCACCAGCGACCCAACGGCGACCAUAUUCAAGAGCUAUGAGGGACCCGAUAAGCUCGCACCCUACGUGGUGUCCUUUUCAUCGAGGGGUCCAAACCCAGCUACACUUGAUAUUCUUAAGCCGGAUUUGGCGGCCCCAGGCGUUCAUAUUUUGGCUGCAUGGUCUUUGGUCAGUCCGGUUUCGGGGGUUCAGGGAGAUAACAGAUUUGUACCCUAUAACAUUAUAUCAGGGACAUCGAUGGCAUGUCCACACGCUUCUGCAAUCGCAGCUUACAUUAAGUCAUUCCACCCCACAUGGUCUCCUGCUGCUAUUAAGUCUGCUCUUAUGACCACUGCUCUUCCCAUGAGUGCGGACAUCAACUCUGAAGCCGAAUUCGCAUAUGGGGCUGGCCACAUUGAUCCCGUCCAAUCGCUAAAUCCUGGCUUGUUGUAUGAUGCCGAUGAAACUGAUUAUGUCGACUUCUUAUGCGGACAGAAUUACACCACAAAAACAUUGCAAUUGGUCACAGGUGAUAGUAGCUCUUGCUCGGGAUUGAACAAUGGAACAGCAGCUUGGGACCUGAAUUAUCCAUCAUUUGCACUUUCUACUUUAUCGAAGGCCUUUAAUCGCACCUUUACAAGGAUUGUGACAAAUGUCGGAUCGCCUACAUCAACAUACACCUCUGUCGUUAAAGCUCCAACUGGGAUCAAGGUCACAGUUAUACCCAGUGUCUUAACUUUCUCAAGUGUUGAACAGAAACUGCCGUUCAGCGUAAUGGUUGAAGGGAAGUUAAACAACUUCAUGCUUUCUGCCUCUGUAACAUGGACUGAUGGGGUACAUCAAGUAAGAAGCCCCAUUGUCGCAUUCCUAGUGCCAUAAAUGCCUUGUCAUUUCGAACCCUGUAAUCUCAUUGUGAUCGAACAUUCGAUGUUCCAAAAAAAUAAGAGGCAAUAAUACGAUCCGUGUUAGUAUGGCUGCGCAUUCUAUGGA